GUCUCAAAGAAGUCCACUUAUCGCUGCAUGUGUGGUAUAUAGCUUCCCUUCUUUAGGUCUGUGUAUCGAAAUGACUACAGAUAGACCUCCAGAUCGCCUGCUCCCUUCCCCACAGUGGCCGCAGUCCUAUGGGAGCGUGUACAGAGACUGCAUUCCUAAUGCAUUGAUGAGCGACAUCCUAAAUGAUGCUCCUGCUGUGGCCAAUUGUCCCAAUUUCUGGACGCCAAAGGCUAAUGUAGAGGCGGCAGGGCAAGCUUGCACUGCAUGCGAGGCAGCUAUCAGCAUCCUCUACGAGAAGGUCAUGCGGCAUUGGCUGCCACAUGACUGGGCUGGUGCCGAGUGGUGGGUGCAAGUGUACGAGAGAGGCAAAGGGCUAGCGUUUCACUUUGACAAGGACGAGCAUCUCUUCAAGGAGGACCGCCGAAUGGUGCACCCGAUGCUCUCCUCCAUCCUGUACCUCACUGGCAGCACCUUCCCUAAACGCCUAGGGCCGACAGUGGUGGUGGACCAGAGAUUUGACAACGCCAAAAUGCGCGCGUGCCCUGAUGAUCCACAGCGGUGCGCCAUGAUAUAUCCGCGCCGCGGCGCUUUCGCGGUAUUUGACGGUGGUCUCGGCCACGGCGUUCUCGGCAGCGCGGCCCCUGACCUGCGCGCGACGCUGCUCAUCAAUUGGUGGCCGCACCAGCCGCAGGGAGUGAAUGCCAUUACACCAAAGGAGGCCUCCGAGCACUCGCUCUCCAUCAAGCGCUGGCCCUGCAGCACGAGCAGCACAGCGUCCAGUGGAGCCAUCCCUGCGACAGCUGGCAAUCUUCCUCUCCAGCAGCUGUCGCUCGGGGGCAGCCAGCUACCCACUGCAGAACCUGCAAGCCAAGCAGCACAGGCAGGAGCGCAGAGUGCUGUGCCGGGCCGCCCAGACGGCAGUAGCAGUUCAAGUGCGGCCGGGAGCAGUGCAGGGGAGCAGGGCAGUGAGAGAGGGGUGGAUGGUUUGCUGUACAGCAAAGGCCUUUCACUGGUGGGCUCUAGUGCGGUCAGCUCUGUGGCGAUUGACCACUCUGGCUGGGCGCUGUAUCCUCUGGGUGAUGAAGCACAAGAGGAGCAGGAAGAAGGAGAGGCUCCCAUGCAGACAGCAGCCGUGUUUGUGCCGCUCCACAUGAUGCCAUCCCCCUCUUCGUCAUCAGCAUCUGGCUCAGACCGCGAGGAAGAGGGUGCAUGAGUCACUCAUGAUGAGUGUGAGCCACACUGUGAGCACAUGGUAGCCACAUGUGAAACGUUUUAAAGGAGGGCAUGAUGUUUGCUUUGACUAGUACCAUGGGUUUUGUAGUUGUUAUGGAGUAUUAAUCUGAAGCCUCCACGGUGCGAUGCCAGGUGCAUGCUCACUAAAUCUAAAAAGUUGCU